AUGAUUACUUAUUACUUAUUAUUACUUAGUUCAUUGAAAUUUUGUUUCUCAUUGACAUUUACCAAGUCAUUAAUAACUGGUGGUCCAUUUACUACGGCACCACCACCAGGAAUUGCUGUUUCUGAUACAUGCUUAGUUACAAUUUAUGAUGGUACUAUUCCUGAAACAUUUACUUUAAUUCCAUGUCCAUCAGAUGUUAGUAAUAUUCCAAAUGGUUGUACUUAUACAAGACUGAAAACAUUAUGUCCACCAAUGGAUCAUUGUGCAUGGAUUAAUAAUCCAGAAUCUAGUUUAAUUUGUGAUACUACUGAUUGUUUCCCUUGGGGUGCUUCUGGUGCAGAACCAACUUAUUUUUGUAGUGGUACUUGGGAAGCACCUACUUUUGGUAUUCCAUGUGUUGAAACAAUUAUAACAUCUUCGGUAUUUACUAGAUAUUAUACUUCUUAUAUUACUCAUCUGGAAUGUAUCUCUACUCCAACUACUAAUUCAAAUAAUGUUCCAACUUCUAAAUCUAUAACAGGUACUUUUGCAACCAGUACCCGUACUUUAUCCAAUGGAUGUUUAGAAAUUUCAAAACAAUAUUUUGACGUGAUUGAAUUUUCAACAACUUGUCCUGAUUCAGACCCUACUCCGACUCUUUUAACAACAUCAAUCCCACCCGAAUGUACAAAUUAUGAAGAAAGUGUUUAUUGUCCAGACUAUUGUGUAACAUAUAUUAAGUAUCAUGGUAGUGAUGGAUUUAUUGGACUUGGUAAAGGUACAAUUUGUGAACCUAAUGGUACUAGUUGUGAUUUUAUAACCACUGAAGAAACUCCAUGUUUUAUAUGUACAAAACAAUAA